AGGCGGUGGUUUGGCGCCUCCAGGCGGUGGUUUGGAAACCAACGAUUAGUGGUUAGCAUCAAUAAAACCUCUUCACACCCGAAAGCACAGUCUAUUAUUUGAACAGUGGGGACUACCCGGCCGUCGCCGGUCGCCGGUCGCCGAAAUCACAGAUCAAUUGUGAGGGAGGCAUCAUGGGGGUUCCUGAUCGCCGGUAACGGCGCAAAAAAUGAUAGCGGGGUUAGGUUUAGAUGGAGAAGAUAAGAAGGGGUGUUUCCCGUUUGCAAUUGACUGAACAAUUCGGACAAGAUGGAGCAAAACACCAUCAAAAGAGGCGGCGUUGGCCUGAGGGGCGUUGACAAGGACCAGAGUUUUGGAGGAUACACUCUUUUUGCGCCUCUCGCCGGGGACAUUGCAUACCUCGUUGAUAUCGACGGAAAGGAAGUUCAUCACUGGCAAUUGCCCGGCCGAACCGGACGACACGCGCGGAUUCUUCCCAACGGGAACCUCGCCAUCAACACCAUCAACCCGGACACGCCUGACAUCUUCCCCUUCAUCCAUAAAUAUGGCGGGGGUGUUAUGAGCGAGUUGGAUCCGGCGGGGAAUGUUGUCAGGCAGGUCAAGGAUCCUCUUGGGCAUCACGACCAGUUCCAUUACGGAGACGGGGGGGUUUUGUAUACGAGUUUAGAGGCGCUCUCGAAAGAGGACUCGGCCAAGGUUGUUGGCGGGAUCCUGGGAUCGGAGAUUAACGGCGUGACGUAUGCGGAUAUCAUUAAGGAGAUUGACCCUAAAGGAAAUGUGACCUUUGAGUGGAAGGUUAGCGAGAGGUUGCCUAGGGAAGAGUUUCCUCUACAGCCGCAUUACGGAAGGGAGCACUAUCCUCUGAUUAACAGUGUUCUUCCGUUGAAGGAUGGGAAUAUUUUGUGUUCGAUGCGGUCGAUUUCCGCCGUACUGAUCAUUGAGCGGGCGACUGGGAAUAUCAUCUGGAGUUUAAAGUCGGACGUCAUUGCACAGCAGCAUUGUCCGAUGGAGCUCGAAAACGGAAACAUCUUGAUCUUCGACAACGGCGCAUACCGCACGGGCGAGUCGAACACAUACAGCAGGGUGAUUGAGGUGGAUCGCAAGACCAAGGAGAUUGUGUGGCAGUAUAUGGAUCCCUCGCAGUGGAAUACCUUUUUCACUCCGUUUAUGGGGAGCGCGCAGAGACUGGCGAACGGGAAUACGCUGAUUUGUGAGAGCGCGUUUGGCAGGAUCUUCGAGGUGACGGUGAAGGGGGUGUUGGUUUGGGAAUAUAUUGUGCCGCAUUUUGCAGAGUACAAGGAUGAUAUCACGAGAGGGAUUUUUCCCGGGGAGUCGAAUGCGCUGUUUAGGGCGUAUAGGUAUUCGAAGGAGGAGUUGCCGUGGUUGAGCGUGGAGUAGGGGGUGGGGCGAUUGGAUCCGGCUGAAGGGUGUUGAACGCUCGAAUGUAGCGGCGUGAAAUACAGAAAAUAGAAGUAUACAUUAUUAUGACAGAUACUCUAGUCUAAAAAUAACAGAGACAA